AUCAGCUGUUUAGUGUAAACUUGCUUGUUUUUCCCAUUGACGUUGCAAAUGAAUUAAGCUACUUUUCUUGAUUUAAUUUUUAUUUUGGUGUUUUUUUUGUAUUCAAUAACUUGUAUUCUAAGUCAUAACCAUGGAAGGUCAUCGUAAUAAUAGACAGUCUGAGCCUGCGGUCAGGCCUAAAGUUCCCAUGAUGAGAGGUUCUGAAAGAGAUAAUCAGAGAUCAUCUAACAAGCCUGUGGACCAGAAAACAAUCAGCGUUUUCGAUGAUGGCAGCAAUAAAAAGCAUUUACCGGCCCUGCACCAAUCUUUCGUUCAUCCUAUUGAAAAUUUCAUGUUUCUUCAAUUACCAACACUUCAAAGUCCGGAUUAUCAACUUAGAAAGCCCAUUGAUGACAUUAUAAAUAGAAUCAACGAUUUUGAAUACAACCUUCAUAUCCUGUUGAGGCUACCACAUCAUAGAUUUUGGUCGACAGUGAUUUUUGACUCAACUGUAAACAUGGGCUUACGUUCUUAUAUCAAUAACACUCCACGUUUUUAUCUGGGACCAGUCACUUUAGAUGAAAGAAUAACUCUUGUUGCUAAUUCAAUUCAUAAAUUGGUUUUUAAAGUCUAUUGUAGAUUAUCAACACCCAGUGAAGACCCGAAAAAUUGUAUUUCGACAGAUUACUUUGGUAAAGUUUUAUUUGAAAAGAAGAUUUUCGACAUUUCCUUGCUUAUGGACCUGUGCGCUGUAUAUGGAAAUAUUUAUCCUGAAACAAAUCAAAAACUUACCCUAAUGGUUGAAACUGUUUUGAAUUCUAAUACUUAUUUCAAGGAGCAUCUGGAAUCAUCAAUUAUCGCUGGUAAAGAUAAAUUAAACAAGAUUGUCAACGAAUUAGGCCUCAAUACAGACAAUGAUAGGAUUAUUGUAAACUCUCAACAAACUCAUGUUAUUUCAACAUUAACUUGGAGUCAUAUCGUCGGAAUAAUUGAACAUAUUGUAGGAACCAUUGUACCAAUAUCAUUUCUUAUCUCUUUAUCGCCAACUGCUGCUAAAUCAUACCGAUUACAACGUUUCGAUACAAAUCUGGUUGAAUUUUACGAAACUCUUUUUCCAAAAUUAAAAGAUGAACUCACCUCCAGAUUCGCUAAAGAUGCAAGAGCUAAAAAAGCUUCUGAGACAAUUAUUCGCUUUCUUACAAUCUCUCGUUGCUGCCUUAUCAAUGCCUUUCGUAAUAUAAUUAAAUACGCUUCCCUUGAUAAUUUAUUGAACAACAAUGUUUCUAUGGACGAAAAAACUGUUAUUAUCGAUGAGUAUUUAGAUAUGAUCUCAAUCGCCUCCUCAAGUCCAUGCUUUUCAAAGGAUUAUUUUUCUAAAUAUUCUUUCGAUUCGGAUAUCUGUCUUCUUAUGGAGAAAUCAGAAUUGACCGGUUUCCGCUCAGUGGACCCAAGUCGUAUUGAUUAUCUGUUCAAUGUUAUUGCUAGUAAUCAGGGAAGCUCAAAGAAAUCAUCUGAAAAGGAAAACAGUAAUCCAUCAGAUGGAUUUGCUCCAAAUUUGCUGGCAAAAUUAAAGUAUACCGAAGGACCUUCCAAAAAUGGAAUCCAAAAUAAAUAUUCCAAUACUAUAGAUGGCAAUUUAUUAUCAUCUCUGGUCUCUCAAAUCAAAGACUUUUUCCCCCAAAUAAGUGAUGAUGUUGUUGUAAAUCUAUUAUCUUCCAAUAAUUAUGACCCAGAGAAAGUGAUAGAUUUGAUAUCAACAGGUGAAAUACCCAACAUCUUCAAUUAACUUUAAAUCUCAGCUGAUUAAACUUUACAUGCUUUAAGAAAAAUAA